UAUGAUAACUGUGCAGUAUCUGAAACCUUCCUUGCUGAGAGGCGAGUCAGGCCUUGGGGAGAGCACAACUGUAACCAUGGAGAGGAUGCUGGUGUGGUGUGCUCAGGUAUUACAGAACCAGCUCCCAUCCGGCUCGUGAGUGGCCCAAGUCUCUGCUCUGGGAGAGUCGAGGUCUUUCAUGACCAACAGUGGGGAACUGUGUGUGAUGAUGGCUGGGAUAAAGCAGAAGCCAAUGUUGUGUGCAGGCAGCUGGGCUGUGGGGCAGCAAUAUCAGCCCCUGUCUCAGCUCGCUUUGGACAAGGCUCUGACCCCAUCUGGCUGGAUGAUGUCAGUUGUGCAGGGACAGAGGCUGCCCUCUCGCAGUGCCGGUUCCGGGCCUGGGGAUCCCAUAACUGCAAUCAUGGAGAAGAUGCUGGUGUGGUGUGUUCAGGCAGUGCAGAAGCAGCUCCUCUCCGUCUGGUGAACGGCCCUAGUCGUUGUGCUGGGAGAGUUGAGGUGCUUCACGGCCAGCAGUGGGGAACAGUGUGCGAUGACAACUGGGACCUGAGCGAUGCUGCGGUUGUGUGCCAGCAGCUGGGCUGCGGGACAGCCGUGUCAGCCCCCGGAUCCGCUUAUUUUGGGCAAGGCUUUGGCCGUAUCUGGCUGGAUGAUGUGAAAUGCUCCAGCAGGGAAUCAGCGCUCUCCGAAUGUGCAGCAAGGCCUUGGGGAGUCCAUAACUGCAACCAUGAAGAAGAUGCAGGCGUUGUCUGCUCUGGUGGAAUCUAAACAUUGCAGAUGCUCUAGAGUGGAGGAGAGAGAUGACAGUGCUGGCAAACGUGUAUGACAUUUUUUCAACGCAAACAGAAGACAUCUUUGAAGGACAGAGUGCACCCAGUACAGAAGCCAAUCACGACACUCAGAUCUAUCUCACUGAAUUGUAAGCACCAAGCUGAUGUGCCCAAAUCAGGAGCAUUGAUGGUCCCCUUCAGCUAAUAAAGAGAUAUGGGCAGUCACACAGAGCAACUUCAGGCCAACUUCGGAAGUUUCUCUCACUCUACUGACUGUAAAUUAAGUUACUGCCUGCUACAAAUUAAGUUUCAAGACAUGUUCUCUCUGGGAUGGAGGGAAUAUUUGGAGGACACAAGUGGACACUUGCUCUGCAACAUUUCUUGUCAGAUGUCUCUGCCCUAGUGACCAUACAGUUCCCAUGCCACUUCAUCCUCUCCCUAUGAUAUUGCCUCUAGUCCAUGAAAGCUUUCUUGUUCAGGUGGUAUGGAUACGUUAUAUAUUGAGGUUCUCUUGUGUAGCCAGUGCCCUCCUACAGAAGAGGUUUAGCGGUUGUCAUGAAUUCCUCAUGCAACCUUCCCUCUGAGCCUCUUGCCCCUCUGCAACAUUCCCUCCAAGCCUUAAACCAUUUCUAUGCUGUUUUUCACCUUAAUCCCCCAAAAUGUUUCUGUAGAUAAAUGAAAUUUCUGUCUUGCUCCUGUGAGUCUGUCUGA